AUGGACAACUCGGCAGCACCUGCAGCCAUCCAAAAAAGCAUCUGGGACGGCCGGAUUCCCCUAGAAAUUGCGCUGGCCCCCUCUGAGAGCAGGAUUUAUGACAAAACGGAUGCUUAUCUUGUCUCAUACCCACGGGUCUCAUACCUUCCCUCGUUGCUACCAAAACUUCGAGCUUUCUUCUCUCCAUACCUGAUCGAGCCUGGAUCUCGACACCACGAUGGAUGGUUUGCUUUUGAGGGUGUUCCUCUGAAAUGGCACUACCCAGUUGGUCUUUUGUUCGACCUCUAUGCUGGCGCAGACCCUGCCACCAAGGCCGGGCUCGGAAACGAGGUCUCACAGGAGAACGGAUCACCAUUCCCAUGGAAAUUGACCGUCCACUUCAGUAACUGGCCUGCUGAAGAUCUCGUUCGACUUGACGAGAAUGGCAUGGUCAUGAACGACGCGUUCAUCAAUAGCGUCAAAGAAGCAGAUUUUCUUCGAAACGGAACCGCCAAAGGUAUCAUGAGUCUUUCAAAGGAGGAUUCCUCGGGUCUUUGGAAGGCAGUGGAAAAUGUGGACCUUCCAUCUUUCCAUCGCAUUUCUCACAUUCUUCUACCUCCACCAUCGCAGCCCUUCCGUAACGUGCCGAUUCGCAUCUUCUUGCCACUGCCGCCCGACGAAGAGUCCGGGUCCCUUAAAGUAGUACAGUCGCCUCUUCCUCCUUCAGUACCCAACCCGGGUGUACAGCCCAGCCAAUCUAUCAGUCCCCGAUCAAGCCCAGGUAUGCAGCCUCAGACCAUAGGGGGUGUUCUGCAUACGUUGCUUCCUAAUCUUUUCCCGAGUCGGAGGACUCCUGUUCUUGCAAAGCCGAUGCUACAUGGUGCCGUUCUUCCUAUGUCUGCUCCCAUCGAAGAGGUGGUGAGGUGCUCGGCAUAUGGGGAUGGGUGGGCUUAUGUUGUUGUGCGGAUGAUGGGGUGA